AUGUCUCUCACUCUCACUCGCAGGGACGCAGGCAACAUAGCCUUAGCUAAUGAUGAAGGAUUUGCUGGAUGGGCCCCCGUGCCGCUCCAGGGGCAGGGGCGACACGGGCGGCGACCACCGCCGCCUUCCUCCCUCCUCCACCUCGCCGCCGCCCGAGCAGACCGCCGGAAACCGCGUGGCUGCGAGGAAGGCGGCGGCGGGGCCUUCCUUCUCCCUCGAGGGCGCGGGUCGGUGCCCACGACCCCGACCAGUUGGGGGCGGCGACGGUGCGGCGGCAUCGGCGUCGGCGUCAGGGCGUUGGGCUGGGCGCGCGGAGGCGACAGGGUGCGGAACAGCUGGGCGGAGGCGGCUUGGUGCGGAACGGCGGCGGCGGCGCCGGAUUUGGCGUCCCUCGCCAGAUCCGGCGGUCCGGUCUCCUCCCGGGACGAUGGUGGCACCCAAGGAGGCGGGGAAGGGAGAUGCAGGCGGCGGGAAAGGUGGAGCAGCGGCAACGCGCGUCGCCUCUCCAGAUCCGGGCUGGGGGAGUGGUCGGCGCCGAGGAGGUGCGGAGACCGGCAGGCAGAGGCAGCGUCACGGUGGUCAGGCGACAACAGCGGCGGCUCGCUCCCGCCGUGGUCGCGGCGCCGCCGUCGGUGUCUGUCAAGCGUUGGUGUUGGCUUCGGUAAUGCUGCGGCGGCGCGCUCUAGCUGGUCAUCCCCUGUACCUGGCUGGAUCUGGCCGUCCGCGGCCGGAUCCAUCGCCUCCACGCCGAAUGGCAGCUGGUCGGCGGGACGGCUGCGUGUGGACGGCAAGCGCGGCGGCGGCUCGCUGGCGGCCAGCCUCCUGCUCGGCAGGGGGCUUCUGCCGGUGGUGGGUCUUGUCGUUGUUGAUGGGCGGCGAUGUGCGGAUGUGGAAAUGGCAGGACGACGGCUUGUGCUGGCGUGAAGCAGGAAUGGGGCUUGAUGUCCGUGACGGUGACUUCCUCAUUGUCGGCCGAGUGUUCUCCCUCUCUUCGGUUUCCCCCCUUGGCCGGACCCUUUUCUAGUCAUGGGGAAUGCUAGGGGGAGGGCGGAGGCUCCGGCUUGCUGUAGAAGUUUGUGGCGGAUAGAUGGCGUUUCGAGGGUGGCCAAGGGCCCGUCUUGCCAUUGGUUACAAUCAAGGUAUGAUUGCUUCUAAGACGUCAUGAACUAUUCUGCGGCCAUCGAUGUGGGGGUGCUUGUAUGGGUGAUGUGAAGAUGCUGGCGAAAGCCUUGCCGUGCUUUUGGCGGGUUCGACAACGACGGCGCCCGUGGGUGUCGUUUCCCUCCUUGGAGGCGUUGUCAUGGCACUCUUUCAUAUCCUCACAAAUCUCUCCAGGUGAAAACCUUGUUCCGAUUUUCGGACGAGUGGCGGCGGCGUCACGCGUCGUAUCCUCCUUGGGGGCGUCGCUUCGGAGAAGUUCCAAUGCAUCGAUGACUAUUGAUGGUCCUUUUCGGUUCAAUAGCUUUCAUAUUUUGUGUUCGGCGAGGCUUCGCCUUCUUGGGUCCGCUUCUUUCUUGUGGUGGGCGACACGCUCUUCGGUUGUUUCUGCUGAUGAAGUCGAAGUUGCUCACUGAUGGGGUGCGGCGACGCUUGGCAACGAUGACAUGUUGCAGUCUCUUCCAAGGAGUUCUGGUGCUGGCCGUGUGAAGGAAGUGGCUCCUCAGUGGCUUGGCUGAUGUCUAUUGUUGGAUGCCGGAGCCGCUUUUCGCUUUGGCGAUUUUCGUCUUCAGUGUUGUUGCGGUUGUGAAGUCGGCGCUACUAGGUCGCUGGGGCGGCUAGCUCGGCAACGAUAACACCUCUUCUGCGAUGUGGAAGCUGUUGUGUCGCUUUUGUGUUUAGCUUUGUGGCGACGUCCUGCGAUUGGGCUCCGCCGUCGUUGUUAGUUGUGUAGCGGUGGGUUUGUAAUUAACCGUGCAGUUGUAUGAUUUUUGGGCCUAGUUUUCCUUAUAAACUGGGCCAAUUCUUUUCUUCUAAAUAUAAAAGUGUGGAACUAAGUUCCGCCUUAGGUUUUAAAAAAAAAAGAUAACUGCUAGUGGGUAGCAUGAGAGGUGGAUCGAUCUGAUGGAAAUAGCAAAAGGUAGAGACCCGGACCUGGAUAGAUUUUAGUGGUCCAAACAUUCUCUUUCA